AUGCUCCCUAGGAUAGACUGGCACCUGCUGCUCCUGCUAGCGACCCUGGGUGUUACCCUGGCAGAAGAACCCGACAAAGCAGUCACGUUUAGCCACGUGUACAAGCUCGGCUCCGGUUGUAACCAGGACGCCCAGGCGGGUCUGCUUUCCCAGGACCAGUCAGCAGACGGUCAGGUCAUAACGCUGGACGGGGAAAACGACAUCGUCUUCAAACACAGCAUCCGGCUCGCGUCGUCCGGCUGCAGCUGCGCCGAUUCGGAGGAGUUCAAGGCUCUGCUGUACCGCGUCAACGGUUUGGAGGAGGAGGUCACCUACUUGAAGUCUCAGUGCACUCAGGGGUGCUGUAAAGCUAGCGCAGGUGUGGACACAAGCUGUAGUGGACACGGGACCUUCCAGCACGACACCUGUAGCUGUAAAUGUAACCCUGGCUGGGAAGGUCCGGAUUGCUCCACGUCUUCCUGUCCUGAUAACUGUAACGAUAACGGCUACUGCGUGGACGGCCAAUGUGUCUGCCACGCCGGCUACACCGGCCACGACUGUGGAUUGCUUACUUGCCCCGAUGACUGCAACGACAAGGGACACUGUGUGGACGGCAAGUGCGUCUGCUUCGAAGGCUUCACCGGGGACAACUGCAAUGUCCAGCUCUGCCCGAGUGACUGCAACGACAGCGGGCGCUGUGUUGACGGGCAGUGCGUGUGCAACGAGGGCUUUUUUGGAAGUGACUGCUCCAUGGUGCUGAGUCCAACAGGUCUGCGUUUGAUCAGCGUGACCGAUGUAUCACUGCUGGUGGAGUGGCAACACGUAAAGGGAGCUGAGCACUACGUGCUCUCCUACUACCCCGACGGGAACGAAGGGGCCAUCCAGGAGGUCCAGGUGCCCAACACUGAGAACUCCUACCUGAUCACAGGCCUCAAAUCUGGAGUGACCUAUAUUGUGCAAGUGUACGCUGUUAUAAGGGGCAUCAGCAGCGAGUCGGACCGCAUCACAGCCAAAACAGAUUUUUCAGGUGUACAGGGCAUCCGGGUGCUGGGCCAGACAGAGAACUCGAUCCAGGUGGAUUGGCAAAACCCAGAAAACAAGGUGGACUUUUUUAAACUUAAACACGCCAGCCCUGAGGGUCAAGAGGGCCUGGACAAUGUGUUAAUGAGCCAGGAGGCCAGGACCAUGCACACCAUCAUAGGGCUCAACCCAGGAACAGAGUACCAAAUAAUAGUGCAGGCCAUUCAAGGGAGCAGUGAGGGCAAGCUGUCCCAUGCUACCGGAGUCACAGACAUCGAUGCCCCCACCAACCUGGUCACCACCGACAUAACCGAGAGCACUGUGACCGUGACGUGGGAGAAGGUCCGUGCCGAGAUCGACGGCUAUAUCCUGACCUACAGCUCCGCUGACGGAUCCAGCAAGAAAAUCCAAGUAGGAGCAGAUGCCACGUCCUACCAGUUCAUCUCUCUGAAGCCUGGAGUCCUGUACACGAUUACCAUCUGGGCCUACAAGGGUUCUCGCUUGAGCAGGAAGAGCUCCACCGAGGCCGAGACAGAACUAGAUGCUCCUACUAACCUCUUGGCCAGAGCAGUGUUGUUGGCGCAGAUAGGUUUGUGGAACUGAGUCCGAGCAGACAUCAAUGGUCACAUACUGAGUUAUCGCUUGGCUGACGGCUCCAUUGAAGUGGUGCGAUGGGGGGGCACCUCCUACAGGCUCACUGCUGUGCCAGGAGUCGUCUAUACCCUCUACCUCUGGGCUAUCAAAGGCUCUCGCUUCGGUAUAAAAGCUGCAACACAAAUUGAGAUUACUAAAAUUGAUGCUCCGGAGAAUCUGAAAGCUGUGAAUGUCCAGAUGGAGUCUGCAGAUUUAACCUGGAAAGCUCCUCAGGCUCUUAUUGAAGGCUACAUCCUCACUUACAGACCUGAAGAUGGAAGCAUGCAGGCUGUUGAGCAGAAGCUUAAAGCAGGAGACACCAGAUUUAGCUUGUCUGGUCUGUCCAUUGGGAAGAAGUAUAUCAUUACUCUGAUCGCCUAUAGAGGUUUAAAGAGGAGUAAAGUGGUGGAGACGACAUUUAGUACCGUGGGAGCGGCCUACCCCUUCCCCAUGGACUGUACACAGAUCAUGAACAAUGGAAACACACAGAGUGGAGUUUUCACUAUCUACGUGGCCAACAAUCGUAGCAAGCCCAUGCAGGUGUAUUGCGACAUGACCACUGAUGGCGGUGGCUGGAUUGUCUUCCAGAGACGUAACACUGGUAGACUGGAGUUUAGAAAAGGCUGGAAACAGUACGUGAACGGCUUCGGAGAACUGACCGAUGAAUUCUGGCUUGGCUUGGAAAAGCUUUACGAGCUCACCAACACUCCUACAAAAUAUGAAGUGCGUUUUGAUCUGGGCCUGCGAGCCGAGCGUGUCUAUGCGGUCUACGAUGAUUUUAAACUAGGACAGGCUAGGCAGAAGUUUAAACUGACCGUUGGUAAUUACAGAGGAAAUGCAGGUGAUGCCAUGACCUACCACCAAGGCAGACCUUUCACCACAGUGGAUUCAGACAAUGACAUCGCGCUGGGUAACUGUGCUUUAACCCACCAUGGAGCCUGGUGGUACAAAAACUGCCAUCUGGCCAACCUUAACGGCAAACACGGGGACAACAAUCACAGCAUAGGGAUGAACUGGGAGCCAUGGAAGGGCCAUCUCACGUCGCUAGACUUCUCAGAGAUAAAGAUCCGCCCGGUGGGAACCAUUAGCCGAAAGAAGAGAUCACUCAGGAGGAGGGAAGCUGUCUGAUCAUCACUGCACUACAAGUCAAAACGACACAUAGU